GUCGCGCGUGUGGAUCUACAAAAAAGGAAAAGACGUGUGACGCAAAAACUAUUUAUUUUUUUGCUUCUUCAAGGAUACGGAAAGUCUGGAAGGAAGUCCUGUCUGCUCCGUCUCGCUCAACACGGUGAUGUCGGCAAUGCGCUUAUAACAGAGGCUCAUCGAGCCCACGUUCCAAGUGGAAAACAACAGCCGUCCGAGCAUCAUACACUUCGCCAUGGGUCUUCUUCGAUGCAUCGCAGCCGGUGCGCUGCUAUGGCUUCAGUUCGUGGUGCUCUGCCCUCUCGUCAGCUCGCAGGGGAUACUCACGGAAGACGAAGCUGUCUACCAUCCACCAAAGCCCGCCAAGACCCAAGUUGCAACUCCCAAUGACCCGUUUGCGACCCUAAUUCGUUCUGCGGUUCACGAUAGUGUUCCCAUUGAGGCCUUGCUCGACCGAAUCCCAGUCAACGAGUCCAUCCGGGGUGUACCUUACCAUGGCUUCCUCACCGUCAAAAAGGGACUCCUCGAAGGUCUAUCGGACGUCUCGCAAAGAGGACGACCACUCUGCCACGCCGACGACUUCGGCGGUCUCGCAUCGUCCACAGUCCUCUUCAGCUGGCCCCGUGUGAGGGCCACCUUCAGCGUCCGGGCUUAUAUCAGCGGUAUUAGAGUCUUCGGGCUCGCAGGGGUCGAGUUCAAGCCCGUGUUCGUGGAAACAGAGAUCCAGGAGACUGCCGUGCUACGCUUCGAACCGUCUCCCGUUCGUGUUUUAAGGGUUACCGUGUCGGCGCUAAAAGGAUUCAAUCAAACUAGAGCGAGGCUUCAGAAACGACUCGCACACGCAAGCAGGAAAGCGCUACGGCAUUUUCUGGCGACCGAGGUCCGAAGAGCCCUGGUUGCUUCACUGGAACGUGCCGCCAACGACGUGUCCUUCGGUGAUUCGCCCUGCUGAGUGAACUGCACGGUUCUGGACAAGCCAGAUGAAAGGAUA